AUGUCAAAUGCUGAGAGUGAAUACAACCCUUAUGCAUACCACAGACCUCAUUCACUACAAUGGCGAGGUUCAGUCAUUCCCCGAGUAUUUCCUUCGGCCUUCCUCUGUCUUCUCGUCGCCGUUGCGGUGACUUGCGUUCACAAACUUACCAGUGUUAAAUUGAGCAUACCCCAAACGCUUAUCCCCGUCCUUGGGUACUGGGAAGGUCGCCGCCUUUGGUCCAAUUUGACGGUCGCAGUACGUAACCUCGCCCGAUCAGUAUGGAUCAGCAUCAAAGAGGAUGGGGAGACGGAAGAUGAAAAAAAGGCCAUAAUACUUGAAAAGAAAUCUGUUAUAAAUCUUCUCAUUGGUUUUGCCCUUGCAACCAAACAUUACCUCAGGGAAGAGAAUCCUGUUGAAGAAGCAGACGUCGCAAAAGUCAUCUCGAAUAUUGAAACUCAAUUGCCUGGAUUCCAGCCACUUGAGGAGCAAGACAAGGCUGCUUCUUUGUAUGAAGGCACUAAGUCUAAUUCUCUGAAUAAAAUGUUAAGGAGAAACCGCAAGCCACAUGAGAGAAAGAAGGGUGAUGUGAUACCAGUCAACCAUAAUCUGCCGCUCGAAAUUCUGCUUUAUCUUGCUAGCUAUUUCGAUGCAAAGUUUAAAGAAGGGCGUAUCACCAUUCCAACCGCUAACGCGUUGGGUGCAGGGCUUGCACAACUGACCGAUUGUUUGACACAAUUCGAGAGAAUUCUACGAUCGCCUAUUCCUGUCGCGUAUGCUAUCCAUUUAUCACAGACAGUAUGGAUUUAUUGUCUUAGUCUACCGUUCCAGUUUGUAAGUCUGUUGGGUUGGGUCACUAUUCCACUAGUAUUUCUUGCCUCAUUUGUCUUGUUUGGUAUCGAACAUAUCGGCGGAGAGAUUGAGAAUCCGUUUGGUUACGAUGAGAAUGACUUGAAUCUGGAUGACUUCUGCAACUACACCGCUGAAGAAGCACGCAGAUUGUCGGUAGAGGAAGUUCGCUCACUAUUAGAGACUGAUGAAAACAACAAAGAUAACGAAAGCAAAAAGAAUUCGAUUGAGAUUAAAGUAGAAGAAAGUGAAGGCGGAGACGAUAAAAAGCCCUAA